CCAGAAAGCCAAGAAUACAACUUGCACAGUGGCAACUAAGACUUGCUCUUAGGAUGCUCUGUAACCCCUGCAUUCUGCUCAGAAAUACUUGUAUUGAAAUAUUGAUUAAUACCAAUAAAGAAGCCUAUACAUUGAAACCAGUCAUUCACUGUGUUCAGCCACCAAUGCUUCCUAUAAUCUUCACCGUAUCUCAUACUCUUCCCUUCUCUUGCUGUUAGAGAACCUCAUUUCACAGUGUGAAGAUAUGAAGCAGUUGAAUCUAAGAAGAAAGAGCCUCAGGCGACUCUUCUCAUUCUCUUCGAGUCAAAGAAGCAGCGUCGACGAAGUUGAUACAGAGAAGAGUGUUUGUAUUUAUCAAGAAAGCGAUGCAAAGCCACUACAGAAGCCUAAUUGGAGAUGCUUCACUUAUGCUGAGAUUCACAUAGCUACUAAUGGUUUUCAUCAAGGAAACUUGGUAGGGAGUGGAGGACAUGCAGAAGUGUACCGUGGAGUAUUAGCCGAUGGUCGUGUAAUCGCUGUGAAGAGGCUAACAAGAGGUACAAGUGAUGAGAGAAGAGAAAAAGAGUUUUUGACUGAGCUUGGAACUGUUAGCCAUGUUCAACAUCCAAAUGUCUCUGAACUUGUUGGCUGCUGCAUUGAUCUUGAUCUUCAUCUCAUUUUCGAGUUCUCAUCUCAUGGCUCUGUUUCCUCUCAUCUCCAUGAGGAGAAUUCUCUGCCAUUAACUUGGAAUUUGAGGUACGGAAUUGCAGUUGGGACUGCACAAGGACUUCACUAUUUGCACAAGGGAUGCCAGAGAAGGAUUAUUCAUAGAGACAUAAAAGCAUCCAAUAUACUCCUCACAGCAAACUAUGAGCCUCAGAUAUCUGAUUUCGGUCUCGCGAAAUGGUUGCCAUCAGAAUGGACUUACUGUGCAGUGAAACCAAUUGAAGGAACGGUCGGGUAUUUAGCUCCGGAGUACUUCAUGCAUGGCAUUGUAGACGAGAAGACGGACGUGUUCGCCUUUGGAGUCUUUCUCUUAGAGAUAAUAUCUGGGAGGAAGCCAGUGGAUGGGUCUCACAGAAGCCUCCUAAGUUGGGCAAAAACGUAUCUAGACGAUGAAAUGGUACAUUUAUUAGUAGACCCCCGGCUUGGUGAUGAAUUCAAUAUCGGCCAGCUACGUCAGCUCGCCUUUGUGGCCUCGCUUUGCGUUCGAGCCACCGCAUCUUGGCGACCGUCUAUGACCGAGGUGUUGCAGCUAUUGACCGAUGGCGAAACUCCGCAGAACGGUUGGAAGAUGCCGGAGGGGGAAGAGGAGGACUUAUGGGACUUUGAAGAUCUUGAUGAGUGUGAUAAGACAACAUCUUCAUCCUUGAGUACCUCUUAAGCAUGUAACUUUUUUGCUCUAGAAUUACUUAGCCAAGGCCCCACUUGGAGGGGGUGUAUAAGAGAAUGUACAUGCACACUUUGAUUUAGAGGGUAAUGAAAAAAUUGCCCGUUUCAAAGUGUCUGGUAGAGAAUUUUUUUAUGUUUUUAGAUGAAAUGUGGGCAAAUAAUUGCUAUGAAAGUAUAUAAUUGUGAAGUUAAUUUCUCAAUAGGUGAAUUAAAAUUAGAAUUCACCUCUUCUGUAGUAUCAGAGCACUCUAUUAAAAAAAAUU